UGCUCUCAGUGUACACAAAAGAUACAUUCAUCAAAAUCAUAAGGUACAAAACACUUAAUGAUAGUCACAGGGUACAAAUAAGCAAUCAAAUCAUAUUAGGAAACAGUCAAUAUAAAUCUCAAGGGUACCUUAUACGUUUAUAUAGUAGCAUGAAUAGACAACAAUAUGUAGUUCUUUACUCCUUGAGUUUGAAUUGCAGCAGCCUUCUUUGGAAAUUGCCAUUUCCAAAAUACUGUUUUCCAAAUAAUUUUUCCUUAUUAACAGAUGGUAUACAAAGAUGCAGAAUCAAAGUAUUUAUUUGGUUUAGCUAAAUCAAUUGGGAGGUUACUUUAAAAUUAGUCGCCUCCCGGUGACCUAUUUACUUUUUUAAGCAGAUGCUGGGCUGAGCCAACUCUUUACUUGCCGUUUGUGGACUAGCCUGCAGCGUAGAAUGAAAGUUGGUUGGUGGAAAUCGAUUAAAAAGAAAGAAAGAAGACGGCGACGCUGAAGGUCAGUCCCCGGGGUGGCCGCGGACACCGGCGAUAGAAAAACCACCCAGAAAGGAUUGGCGAGGUUAGAACUAUGCCCGGUGGAAAGUUAGCGACCUCCUCUGAGUCCCCCCGCCAGAGCCAGGCGGGCGGGGACGAGGAGAGGAUGUUCCUAUGGCACGUGACGCCUAGACAGCCUCUGCGGAGAACCGCCUCCCAAAAUGGCGGUGGCGGCAGCUUUCGAACGCGCGCCUCCAUCUCCCAGGGCAGCGGCGGAAGCCGUCGCGGUGGUCGUCGGCGGGAAGUGAGGUUUUCUGAGGAAGUAAUCGAGCACUCGGCCGCGGGGAGUACGCCGAGGCCUCACGGCUUUGAGAUGUCGGGAAGACGGCUUACCAGAAAUGCUGCGAAAAAUGAAAAAGAGGCGAUGGAGGCGGCGGCGGCGGCGGCGGCGGCUGCAGAAGAAGAGGAAGGAGAACGUAGCGUGGGGUUCCAACCGGAAUGGCUGCCCGAGAAGGAAGCAAGGACCGAGCAACAGCACCCCACAGAGGAGCUACUGUCUAGGUCUUUCAAAGGACUUUCCACUCCAUAUUUAGAAGAAUGUUCCUCAAGUGAAGUCAGAAACAGAGCUUCCAACAAAAAAUUUAAUGGCAAAAUGCAAACACAGACAGAAAAUACAGAUAACAUCAAAAUGUCGGCUGAAAAUCUCGUUCGACCGCCUAUUAGGCCUUCCAGAGAAGAUAAUCCUCCUGCCCUGCCCCGAACUCCUGAGCUCAAGAGAUCUAUGAGAGGUUCUUUUUCAGAUUCAUUGCAGAAUUUGGAAGAAUUAAGGCACAGAAAACAAGCAAAGACUGACAUAAUAUUAGGGGAUCACAAAAUCACAAAGCGUGAGAAGCUCAGUGCUCUACAGAAGAAGGAUCUACAGACUGCUUUAAAAAUUGCUAAAGCUGAAAGAAGAUACUCACUUACAGUAAUUGUGAUAUUUGUGGCAACUUGCAUUGCUGCUGCUGCUGCUGGAUGGUAUAUAUUUUGGCAUUCAUCAAUACAUGCUUCAGAAAUUGAUUAUAAAGUUCUACAAGCAUUUAAAAACCAAAUGAAAGAGCUCAGGAACCUCUAUCCAAGUCAAGAUGCAAUAGUGUGGAACAGAAUCCAAGGUAUUUUUGAGAAACGUCUAAAUUUUUCUCAUCCUCAUUUGGAACCAGCUAUUUUAUUACUCACCGCUUCAAAAGAAGCUGAAGAUGUGUUGAUGUGCUUAAGCAACCAGAUUGCUGAUGCUUUCUCAUCUUCUCAAGGUGCGCUUACAAUUAAAAUUGAUGGGGCCAGCACAAGAGCUCAAGAUAGUGAUGUUGUCAAACUUAUUGUCGAUGAAAAGCUGAGCUCUGGUUUUGAGAAUGGUAACAAAGCAGCGGUAGUCCAUCGGUUUGACUCAUUACCCGCAGGUUCCACCCUGAUUUUUUACAAGUACUGUGACCAUGAAAAUGCAGCAUUUAAAGAUGUGGCUUUACUAUUAACUGUUCUUCUGGAUGGGGAGUCCCUGAAUAAGAGCUUUUCCUUGUUGGAAGUUGAGGAGAAAGUGAAAGAUUUCCUCUGGGCUAAAUUUACUAACUCAGACACACCGAAGUCUUAUAACUACAUGGAUACAGACAAGUUGAGUGGGUUGUGGAGUCGCAUAGCCCAUUUAGUCUUACCUAUAUGGCCGGAAAAUUUCCUCCCUCAGGAGAAAUGCUUACAGAUGAAAUAACUUAAGAAAAGGGAGCAAGAAGAAAAUAUGUUGCAACACAACAUGAAUUGUAUAAAUCUGUUAAUGUUUAUAUAAUGAGAAAAUUUCAAUUUACUAAUCAGAAUUACUGAAGUUAUUAGGUGAUUCAAUAUCAGAAUAAGAUUUCUCCUUUAUAAGGAAACUGAUAAAUCUGUAAAUAACUUUUUGACCUUUAACACAAUUCUAGUGAUUUAUUGGAAAACAAGAUUAUGUACUAAGGGGAAAAUACCUUGUUGUUCAGGCCCACCCAGCUUUGUGUAAUACGAAUUUUUGAAAGCAUCAAAAUCCUUUUGGAAAAUACUGUGAUUGUGGGCAACAAGGUAAGGAAUUAUAGUACGAGAUUCUGUCUUUCUGUUUGAAGUUUAAUGGACUUCAAGGCUGAAGUUGAAACCAGAUUUUCCUAUAGCCUAAGAAUAAUUCUGUCUUACUACAUUUCCCAAAACUGCAUUUUAAAAAAUCUUGUAACUGUAGAUUCUGUAAGUUUCUGCUUUGGCUACAAAAUUAUGUAAGAUGUAAGCCUAUGUCAAUUCAAUGAUAGACUGUUUUUCUCAUUUGAAAAUGGCCUGUAGCUAUGUAAUACGGUAUGUAUAUUUUCAAAUAAUUAUAAUUACAUCAGUCCAAAAACACAAGCCUCUUCUGUUUGUUCAGUUAGACUAUCACUAUUAGACAACCAAAGGCUUCCUUCAGAUGUAUGAGAAAUUUGAAAUAUUUUAUUUGAAAUUUAUUUAUUUAUCCCAUCAAUGACCAGCAACAUUAAAUAAUAAAAUGAGCUAUAUAAAACAGAGAUAGGAAAAACAAUCAGGAUCAAGAAAGAUAAAUAGGUGCAUUAUAUAUUAGCAAUUAUUAAAAAAAUCAAUUACGAUAUACUCUAAUAAUAAUGCCCCUCACUGGUAAAAGUGAGGGGUCCUUGGUGCUCCCUGAGCUUGCUUAUUUUUUUGCAGAUGUUUUAUUAUCCUAACUAGGAAACAUCAUCUAGCACUAAUGAUUACCUAGUUAAGGUAAUAAAAUGUCUGCAAGAAAAGAAGCAAGCUCAGGGAGCACCAAGGACCCCACAUUUCAAUCCUGAGCUACAAAUAUUCUCCUUUAUUAGUACUGAUAAAAGUAAUACAGGUGGUCCUCGAUUUACAGCAGUUCAUUUACUGACCGUUCAAAGUUGCAAUGGCACUGAGAAAGGGACUUACGAUUGUUUUUCACACUUAUGCAUCCCCAUGGUCCCUGAUCAAAUUUUGAAUGCUUGGCAACCGACUCAUAUUUAUGACAGUUGCAGUGUGCGGUGAUCACAUGAUCAUCUUUUGCAACCUUCUCACAAGCAAAGUCAGUGGGGAAGCCAGUUUCACUUAACAACUGUGCUACGAAUUUCAUUACUAUCGUGAUUCACUUAACAAAUGUGGAAAGAAAAGGCAUAAAAUGGGACAAAACUCACUUAGCAACAUAAAUUUGGGGCUCCAUUGUCAUAAGUUAAGGACUACCUGUAUAAUAAAACUACACAUUAAAAUAUAUGUUCUCUAAAAAUUAACAAAAAAAUAACUAAGCAAAGUAUUAAUAAGAAUAAGGAUCCUUAGUGCUUUAACCAGUUUUUCCUUAUUAUCAUUGCAGCAGCAUAAAAUUUUGCUACUGCACGAGUGAUGCAUGGAUUCAAAUACUGAAGAUGGUUUGCAAAGAAAUUAUUUGAUUUCCCUAGAAAUCUCUCUAUUAGAGGGAGAAUGUACAUUGAUGUCCCUGUAAAAUGUGCAGCGCAAUAAGACAUGAUAUAUCUUCAACUUCCCCAUUGUCACAUGUACAUAUGCACUCGGCUAUUGGGUUUUUAUGCAAAGCAGAGAGGAAAACAUGGAAUAAGGUCUGACGGGGAUCUAGCAUAGUCUUACAGCAGUCUAGCUAUCUUCAUGGCAUGUACUGUACAGUGAAAACUGGUUCAUUUUUUUUUCCUGUUAAACAAACUGAUAGCAACAUUGAGAUUUUCUACAAUUGCUGCUAUAAAUAGCAAAUAUUAAUAUAAAAUAUAGAUUGCAUUAACCUUUAUAAAGCCACUUUUUUAUAGGGUUGGGCAAUCAAGAAAUUUAAUAAAUAAUAAAAUUGUAUUUGCAGAUAUUAACAUUGUACAUUGACUGUGGAGAGUAUAGGUUUGAGUUACUUCAUGAGAGAAGUUCUUUGGUCAAUUCAAAGAGUUUUUAAUUUUUUAGCAAAAACCUAAUAUAGUGAUAAAUAAUGGACUACAUAUUUAAUCAGUUUGGUUAUGUAUGUGUGUAAAGUCUUCAUUAAAAAUUACUAUAUUUUGAUUGAAAAUGUUUCGUUGUAAUACAGUUGACACUUUCCUAAUGAGUUAGAGUUCUUUGCAGUCUGUUUUCUGGAACACUUAGGUUCUUAGGAUAAAUGUUUAGAAAGACUCAAGUAAAUAAAUCUAUGCACA